CUGAAUCUCAGGAGAGGGCUCUCCACACCUUAUAAAUAGCAACUUUAUCUUAAGAAACUUUGCCAUCAACACAUCUGCAGUUUCAUCAUCACCAUAUUCCACUAUCUUUUCUUUUGUUCAAACUCGUUAUUCACUACUCAUCAACAUGACUAUGUUCCUUGAGCAAACUGAUGAUUAUUUUGGGAAUGAUUUAGAAGAAAAGAUGGCACCCACAAAUGAGAAAGAACUUGCCGACGGUGGAUUUGUGGUGCCACAUUUCAACUCAUUUGGCCUCAGAUUUAGGGAUUAUGAUGUGGAAAGUAUGAGGCAAGAAGGAGUGGAGAACUUCUACAGAAAAAAUCAUACUUAUCAAUGCUAUGACUUUGUGAAGAAAAUGAGAGAGGAGUAUGGGAAAAUGAAUAAGGCAGAGAUGGAUAUAUGGAAAUGUUGUGAACUUCUUGAUGGAGUGGUGGAUGAAAGUGAUCCUGAUCUGGAUAUACCUCAAAUUCAACAUUUGUUGCAAACAGCUGAAGCUAUAAGAAAAGAUUACCCUAAUGAAGAUUGGCUUCACUUAACUGGCCUCAUCCAUGAUCUUGGCAAGGUGCUUCUGCUUCCUGGUUUUGGGGACCUUCCACAAUGGGCUGUUGUCGGUGACAUAUUCCCAGUUGGUUGCAGAUUUGAUGAAUCCAAUGUCCAUUACAAGUAUUUCAAAGAAAAUCCAGACUAUAACAAUCCUGCAUUCAACACUAAAUAUGGAAUUUAUCCUGAGAAAUGUGGACUUAACAAUGUGAUGAUGUCAUGGGGACAUGAUGACUAUAUGUAUCUUGUGGCAAAGGAAAACAAGACUACUCUGCCCUCAGCUGCUUUGUUCAUUAUUAGAUACCAUUCCUUCUAUGCAUUACACAAGGAAGGAGCAUAUAAGCACUUGAUGAAUGAUGAGGAUGUUGAGAAUCUGAAAUGGGUUCACAUUUUCAACAAAUAUGACCUAUACAGCAAGAGCAACGUUGAAAUUGAUGUUGAAAAGGUUAAACCAUACUAUGUCUCCCUCAUUAAGAAGUACUUUCCUGCUGAAAAGCUGAAGUGGUGAAAUGUUGAAUUGGAGCCAUAAAUACUGCUUAAAGUGCCAAUAAUUUAGUAUGAUAGUAUCAUAGUGUGUAUGGAGAAGAAGCAAUGAGUUAUAUAUUUAUAGUAGAGUUAGUUUAUGUGUUUGUAUUUGAUGCUAAAUAACUAAAUAUCAUAGUAUGUAUAGAGAAGAGGCAAUAAGUUAUGAGUUAGUUUAUGUGUUUGUAUUUUAUGCUAAAUAUCAUAGUAUGUAUAGAGAAGAGGCAAUAAGUUAUAUAUUUGCAGUAGAGUUUGUUUAUGUGUUUGUAUUUGGUGCUGAAUAAUUAAAUAAAUUAUGGU